ACUCGCGAGAUCCUCACUCAGAGGUUCGAUUGGUUGAAAGACGCAGUUUGAGAGUUUACGCCCACUGCCUCCUCGGAUCCCUGAUUGGUCUUCUGGAGAAGAAGGACUCAUACGUCAACUAGUUUCCCCGGUGCCCAUUGGUGGAUGAGGCGGGGCUGCCGGCGCGCGGGCACCGGCGCGGGCGUUCGAACCCGCGCUUGGUGGCGUUACCAUGGGGAUGCAGCCCGGCCGGCGCCUCAAAAGCUGGUGAGUUGACAGCACGCCCGCCAACUUGGGGCUCUCCUGUCGGCAUUGUCUUCUGUCUUCAGACAUGGUUGACCGAGGGGGACCUGGGAAGCCACUGAGAAUUUAUAGAAACUCAUUCACAAAAAUGACGUCCUGGUUGUAUGAAUGUCUUUGUGAAGCUGAACUUGCACAGUAUUAUCCUCAUUUUACUGCCCUUGGCCUUCAAAAAAUAGAUGAAUUAGCCAAGGUUACAAUGAAGGACUACUCCAAAUUGGGAGUCCGUGACAUGAAUGACCGCAAACGUCUCUUCCAACUUAUCAAAAUCAUUAAAAUUAUGCAGGAAGAAGAUAAAGCAGUCAAUAGCCCCGAGCAUCCUCUUCAGACAGACAGCUUGUGUAGUAAGCCUCGGGAAUCCAGAUCUGGCCCUCGCAGACAACUGCAUUUUGAUUCCCCUGCUGACAACAAAGACAGAACUACCAGCAACAGUGGGUUUGAAAGGCACAGUUUAUCAGAUUUUUCUGCAAAUGAACAGAAGUCUAGUUACCUAAAAGUGCUGGAGCACAUGCUGCCAGAUGAUUCCCACUACCAUACAAAAACAAGAAUUCUGAGUGCUGCAGCUGCUGGUUCCUAUGUGCAAACAGAAACUAACACUUCACUCUUUUCAUCAAAUCACUAUUCUCCACUCCUGGGGGAUUGUGAUGGUCCCAUUAUUCAAAGAGUCUCUCAUGUUUCAGGGUAUAACUAUGGAAUCCCUCAUUCUUGUAUCAGACAGAACACCUCAGAGAAAGAGAAUCCUUGGACUGAGAUGGAGAAAAUCAGAGUUUGUGUUCGAAAACGCCCUCUGGGCAUGAGGGAGGUACGUCGUGGAGAAAUUAAUAUUAUUACCAUAGAAGACAAAGAAACUCUACUUGUUCAUGAGAAGAAAGAAGCAGUUGACCUUACACAAUAUAUUCUGCAGCAUGUUUUUUAUUUUGAUGAAGUCUUUGGUGAAGCAUGCACCAAUCGGGAUGUAUACAUGAAGACUACUCACCCACUCAUUCAGCAUAUUUUCAAUGGAGGCAAUGCCACUUGCUUCGCAUAUGGACAGACAGGUGCUGGGAAGACCUAUACCAUGAUAGGAACUCAUCAGAACCCAGGACUCUAUGCCCUGGCUGCCAAAGACAUCUUCAGGCAACUAGAAGUGUCUCAGCCGAGAAGGCCCCUCUUCGUGUGGAUCAGCUUCUAUGAAAUCUACUGUGGACAACUUUAUGACCUCUUAAAUAGAAGGAAAAGGCUCUUUGCAAGAGAAGAUAGCAAGCACAUGAUACAGAUAGUGGGACUGCAAGAGCUUCAGGUGGAUAGUGUGGACCUCCUCUUAGAGGUGAUUCUGAAGGGCAGCAAGGAGCGCAGCACUGGGGCCACUGGAGUUAAUGCGGACUCCUCCCGCUCCCAUGCUAUCAUCCAAAUUCAGAUCAAGGAUUCAGCCAAGAGGACAUUUGGCAGGAUCUCUUUUAUUGACUUGGCUGGCAGCGAAAGAGCAGCAGAUGCCAGAGACUCAGACAGACAGACAAAGAUGGAAGGCGCAGAAAUAAACCAGAGUCUUCUGGCUCUGAAGGAAUGUAUCCGUGCAUUGGAUCAGGAACACACCCACACUCCCUUCAGGCAAAGCAAAUUAACUCAGGUCCUGAGGGAUUCUUUCAUUGGUGAUGCCAAAACCUGCAUGAUCGCCAACAUCUCACCAAGCCAUGUGGCCACCGAACACACUCUGAAUACCUUGCGUUAUGCUGACCGGGUCAAAGAACUAAAAAAAGGCGUUAAAUGUUGUACUUCAGCUACAAGUCGAAAUCAGACCUCUGGAAACUCUUCUCCAAAAAGAAUUCAGAGCUCCCCUGUGGCCCUGCCAGGGGACAAGUGUUCUCCCAAAAAGGUCAAGCUGGGGCUUCAGCAGUCAUUCAUGGCAGCUCCUGGCUCCACGAAAGGGAAGGCCUAUCCUCUGGCCAGCCACCCGCCCAACAUCCCUUUUGCACCUGUACCUAAAGUUCCUGGUAAGACAGGUUCAUCCAGAGGGAGUCCUCCCCAGGAGUGGGUCGUUCAGACCAGCCCUGUCAAAGGAGCCACGCAGUCUAGACAUUCAGCCAAAAAAAGGGCAGAAGAGUCUGCACCCUUGUGCUGUGAGAAAAAUCAAAUGGGCAACAGAACUGCCCGCAGGUGGGGAAGCAAGGCCGCCGGCCCAGGAGAAGCUCCAGCACGUGGGAAGCUACCCUCCAAGUGCAAGACAGUGCAGCCUGUGCAGCCCGUGCAGCGGCAGCUGGUGUCACGGGCCGAGCUCUCCUCUGGCAGCCUCCACCACUUAGCAAAAUCUGGGCAGGGCAGCAAGGGGAGCACACCUGCCAGGCCUGCCUCAGAAGUGUGGACAGACAUCCCUCCACAUCAGAAAGAGAGGGAGGAACAUUUGCGCUUCUAUCAUCAGCAGUUCCAGCAGCCACCUCUCCUCCAGCAGAAGUUCAACUACCAACCACUGGAAAGGUUUUUAUGCCAGUACAGGCCCCUGGAGGGGCAGUUCCAGAAUGAAACCCCUCUCCCCUUCUGCUCUUACUCUGAGAGCCAGGAUGGAGCCCAUGCUGAGGAUCUUGAUGACAGCGAUUUCAGUGAAGAUUCUUUUUCACAUGUCUCCAGUCAGAGGACCACAAAGCAGAGAAACACCCUAGAGAAUAGCGAAGGCUCCUUCUUCCUUCAUCAGAGGGAGGAAGGCGCUGCGGAGGUGGCCGAAAGGCAGCAGAGUCUGUUUUUUAACCCCAGGACAGAUGGUGACGAGAAGGGCCCAACUGGAAACUGGAUGUACUCUAGGAACCCCACAAAUUACAGAGGAGCAGCUCUCAGUCAUGGCCACGGCUCAAGUAAGGUGACUUUGGACUGCAGCAGAGAGGAGUCUUCCUCCUUGGAGCUUUCCCCCAGAGACAACCCAACAGAGAAGCCUUACUGCUCACAGGUAGACUUUGUAUGUGGCCAGAAAGGUGGUGGAGACCCACCCUCUGAACUCAGACAGAAUGCUUUCAGAAGUGAGGUUCCUGGGCAGGCUGAGGGUAGUUCACUACCCCCAGAAGAAGACAGUUUCAUUUUCUCACUAUCCCAUGAGGCAUUUCCAGGAUCUCCAGACCAAAGAGAGACAGUUAGCACACCUCUGAGAGAAGUUGGCCAAGACAGCCCAACUCUGGUGACCGAAACCAUGAAAAACAGUUACCCUUACCAAGAAGGCAACUGUAGAGGGGAGUCAGGCACAUGUUCUGAAUAUGCUUCUGGACUGAUGGCUCCCCUCACUGUGUCCCUCCUGGAGAACACAGACGAUGAGGGCCCUCUUCCCUUGGAACGGCUGGCCCAGGAUGGGCUUGCUCACAGUCCAGUGGCAGCAGGGGGCCCACCUGUGGGCAACACAGUGUCAUCUGGUGAUCAGAAAGCACUCCUGCCAGUGUCUUCAGCAGCUGGGCACUUGUGGCUCUCAUCAUCUCCCCCUGACAAUAAGCCAAAUGGUGAUCUUCCAGCUCUGUCCCCAUCACCCAUCCGUCAGCACCCACCUGAGACGUUGCCCAUCAGUGAGACUGACCCAGGGGAGGUCUGCCAGAGCAGAGAGCCUGUACUAUCCUCCCAGGAACACUCAAGUAGCAAGCGGUGUGAUGCUGAUGCUGAGGCGGCAGAGCUGAGCAGCUCCCAGGGUUUUCCAGAAAAGCCCUUCCCCCACAUACAUAUUGGAGGACCCCACCCUGCACCUCUACUCACCGCACGAACAGAAAGCAGUGUUAUGGCUGACCAGCCCUGGGCCCAAGAACGAAAAUCUCCAAAAGGACUUGGUUGGCAGGAGCUAAGUCUGCUGAGAGACCCCAUCAAGUUGCCCUGCUACAACAGCAACAUCAUGUGGCUCAAAUACAGGCCGAUCCCAAGGUGCUUAGCAAGACCAGGCUCUCCCCUGGCCCCUGGCAGCUCUCCAGAGACUGCAGGGACACUCCCUCAGCUCACCCUGGGGCCUGCACAGCAGGUGGUCAUCCGAGCACACCAGGAACAACUGGAUAAAAUGGCAGAACUGGUCUUCAAGGAGGAGACCCUGAUGAGUCAGUUGGCUCUUCAUGAUUUUGAAGAUUUUGUGACCCAGCUGGAUGAAAUCCUGGCUCUGAAAUCCCAGUGCAUCCAGGGUCUGAGGAGCCAGCUUCAGCUAUACCGGGCCUGCCACAGGCCAGCCACAGCCCCUGAGAGGACAGUGGUGGCUUAGAACAAGACCCGGUAUGAGGUGAUGGGACCAGCUCAGGAGGCUGUGCUGAAUUUUUAGAGGCUGGAGGGGCCUCUGCCAGGUCCUCCUUACAAAUCCUAGAACCCACUCCCUGGUCCUACCCAUGUUAGCCUCUCCCCAGCCACCCAUGGCCUUGACUAAGCCCAAGCCUAUGUCCCUCAGUUCCAAGCACAGGAGCAUUUGUAGGGAAGGGCAGAGCAGCCUGAAAAACUUAGUAUGCCCUCCUAUUCCUGUGGUAUUAGAAGAGUAUUUAUCUUACUGACCCCGUGUCUGUGGAGAUAAGGUUCUAGAACAAUUACUAUCUUUCUAAAUUUGAGGACCAGAGGAUGGGGUGGGCCAGUGCUAACCUAGAAGCUGGGGAAGAAAACAUGAUGAAUUUCAGGAGCUCUGUUAGCUGAAUGCUGUUCUUCAAGACUUGACCAAAAACUAAAACACUCCUCAUUAGCCCUUGGAGAGUGGUGGGACAGGCCUCAUGUCCCCAGUUACCCUCCCUUCCAGCAAUUCAGAGACAGAAGAGAGUGCCCACAUCACUGCAUUACUCUUUUUAACAACACUCAUGCUCCUGUAGCAGUUCCUGGCUCCUGACUCUUCACCUGCCAUGCCCUCUCAUGGCAAAGUUAAAGAAGUGGAGGAUCUCUUUGCCUUACCUUUAUCCAGCAUCACCCUGGCUGUCCACUCUCUCCCAACGGCCUGUGUUCAGUAGUAUCUUGGCACUGAAAGCUCUAGUCAACAGCCUGAGACCCUGAGGCAGAAAUUUUUUUUACACACACCUCAAGACAAAUACAAAGUGGUCUGUCACUUCCUAGGGCCACCUUGGGUCAGUAUGAUGCAGGUGUCACGGUCUUGGCUCUGAUGUCCCCUGUAAUGUGCAGAAACUUAAAUUUCUUACAGGGAAAGGAUACCUUUUUAAGGUUUAAAAGGAGGGCCUAAUUAAAAGGGUAGGAGAAGGUCUUGACGGGCUUUCUGACUGCAGCCCUGUCAUCCUUUGCCUGAUCUGAACACUAGAGGGCGGCCUUUUUCCAGCUUCGUGGCCCAAAGGGUCUGCUGUCUUAAUGAUCAUGUGAUCCUUAAAAGAAUUAGAGACCCGCUCCCAGCCAAAAGCACUAGAGUACUGUGGGAUGACAGUUAAGUAUAAGGACAAGAAACUUAAGGGAGCAGUCUAGUUCCCUCAGCUACAGCAGCACCACCGAGAGCUGGUCAGUCUGAAUCCAGUCCUGCCUGCAGCACAAAAAUGCCUGACACCUCUCACAGGAAAAGGUACUUCCCCUCUUCUGAGUGCCGUGAAAGCCCAGGCUGUCUCACCUCCACAGUCUUGUAGGAAGGCAUGUCCUUGGUUCCAGAGACUGAGCUUAGGUCAGAUUUAUAAAGCUAGGGCCGACUACAUGGCCAGCUCCUGGGUCCCACAGGCCUAUAGUGGGAGACAGUACUAAAAAGACAGAAAAUGGUUAGUGCCUGUUUGUUUCAUCCCAGGCAAAUCCAAGCAGGAAUCCCUUUCUCACCCACCCCAACCCCUCAAUAAAACAGCACUUGGCAAUAAAGGAAUUAUCACAGCAGGA